UCGACAGAAAAAGAAAUUCAUUGGCAGUUGAAAAUUCGCUCGUAAAGUGUCCUUGGAUAAUAAAGAAUUGCUCAUUGAAAAGUUUUGCAAAACAAUUUUUAGUCAGCUGAUGGUCGAAUUGCGUUUUUGGCCAAUAUGUCUAAUUUUAGUGUGCGUUGCUAGCAAACAGUGUUGUGCAAAAAACAAAAAACUAAAAUGAUAGUGUUUAACUGUGUUUAUAUUUAUCAGCUGGGAGAAUGACAGUGAUGAUACGAUGAAAGAGAAAAAUAAUUUAGGAAAAUCGCCAUAAAUUGUAUAAUUUACACUACAAGGGGCAAAAAACAUCUCAAUGAUGCUCUACGUGUUCCAUGUCGACACUGGAACCAUGAUCACAUUUGAUAUGAGGCUAGUGUCUGAAAGUGUCGGACACCUAAAAGAGGCCGUCGAAAAAUCAACAAACAUACCGGUGGAAAAACAGGUCCUGUUGAUAAGCGGAGGCGAAUGUCUGGACGCGGCAAACAGUAUUGGUUCGUAUGCCGCCGGCACGGACACGAACCCGAUUUUCCUCUUUAGCAAGGCUGUGCUCGAAGCUCCGGUGCCACCUUCGUCCAAUAGUGAUAGCGACAUAGAAGAUGAUACCGCGGAGCGCAUCAAAGAAGCCAUAGAUCUGCCGCCGUCGUUCAACACGGUGCACAGGCGCGCCAUGCUUUCGCAGCAGCUGCACGAGCGCGCCAAAGAGCAGAUCCAGCUGUGCGAGCGCCUUGUCCACGACCAGCAUCUGCAGCAGCAAGGCUGGUCGGCGGUCGUGGCCAGCCUCGAGGAUCUCACGGCCGAAUUCAAGAAAAGAACCACUGCCUUCUCCUACAACUACACCGAGUAUCUCAAGGAGCGGGACACUUACAUCAAGUUUUUAGAUAAUUUUCACGAUGACCUGUCGGUUUUGGAAAAAAUCCCGAUUCUGCCGGUGCUGAUCGCGCCGGAUGAUGAAGCCGACACCGGCACAGAAACGUCAAAGGAGGAUGACGAAGACGAGGAGGAAACGGACACGCGAACCUCCAAAACCUCCUCGGAAACCGGUGAAGGAGAAAAGACGAAAACGUUGCUCGAUUGGAUAUCGGUGUCCGAGGACAAGAGCAACAUGGACCAGCUUUACGAAGUGUGUUUGAGAGGAUUGGAGCAAUUUAGCGACCUGGUUUGUAAUUCAAUGGACGCCGAAAUUUUGGAGGUGCUCACGAACGCCGAUAACAACCAAAUGAAGGAAAUCAAAGGUCUGGGUGAGAGGCUGAGUGGUUUGGAAACGCUGAUGAGGGAAGCGAAAAAGUACGUUUUGGAGCAGGCAGAAAACGCUAAAUCCUUCACGAAUAACCAACACAGAGUCAGCAAUCUGAAGGACGCAUCAAUUUUGCCGGACCUGUGCGGCUCCCACCGCAGACUGCUCUACCAGAUGGCUCAAAACCACCAGCAGCUCUGCGACAUCCGCAGACGCUGCACCAAAGCGAAAGAAGAGCUCAGCCAGAACCUCUUCCAUCGCCUCAAGUGGGUCAUGUUCAUACAAAACAAGCUGGUGGCGUUGGAUCAGAAGCUCGUCAUCUUCCAUCAGAGCCUCUGCCGCUUGAGGAGGCACCUCGACGUCCUGCAGCAGAUACACCUGACGCCUGCGACUUACUUGUGCGCGGUGGCGGAAGUCGUUCGAAGGAAGUUAUUUUCGCAGUCGUUUCUGAUGUGGGCUUCCGACGUCGCGUGUCAAUUGUUGACCAUUCACAACGACGAAGUUGCCAGGAGGAAGGAGUUUCAAUCCCAGUUCGAGGGCCACUUUCUGGUGACCUUAUUUCCCGGCAUGAACGACCUGCCGCCGCCGUUCGCCACGCAGGCGCCCGCCCCCUUCGACGGCAAGCUGCCGCACAUCACGCGCGCAGACGUCGAUCGUCUGCGCGCCGAGCUGCCAGAGUUCGCCGAGCACCUCGCCAUGCCCGACACGAGCGGCUUCACCAACUUCUUCCUCACCAAAUCGCUGGUGAAAGCCGAGCUCGACAAGGUGGACGAGAGCGGCGACAUCAAGGAGGUCGAGAAAAAGCUGGUGCAGGUGAUGGGGGCGCAGCUGGAGGGCAACCUGCCCCACGGGUUGCCGCACCUAAGGGAUAUUGACAGAGGCUGUGAGUCUGAAACAGACACCGAGGAGUUCGAGAAGGUCGGUCAGUCGCCGCUGGACCCUUCGCCAAGGCCCGGGACGCAAGACGCCGCCACGUGCACAGAGGAUAACUUACAAAUCUCGAGAAGCGAGCACGAAAAACUGAAAGGAACCCUCGAAACCUUGGGCCAUCUAUCGACGAACGCCAUAAACCAACUGAGAGCGGAGCUGACAGAAAUCAGGCAUAUUUUUCUUGCGGACAAGGAGUUCCUCGAAAGCGGCUACAAAAGCAUCACGAUGUGCCAAAGCCGAGUGCUGGAAACUUGCAAGGCAGACCAAGUCGCGACGGAAAAUUUGAUAUCCUCCCACGAAUCGGAGGUCAGCUCUUUAAAAAACAUGUGUUCGGAUAAAGAGGACGAUUUGAAUAACGUAAAGAUCGCGAACAUCGUGAUGGAGCAGAAGUUGCAGAAGACCAAUGAUGAGUUGGCGGAGUUGAAGUCAGUGCUUUUGAGGUUGAAGGAGGAUCACCACGCUCGGGUGGAGGAGUUGAGGAAGCAGUUGAGCGAUAAGGAGAGCGAGAAGGAGAAGAUGGUGAAAGAUGUGACGGAUAGGUUGAAUAGGGAGCACAAAGCGGAGCUGGAGAAUAUCAGAUCGCGGUUUAAGUUGAUGACCAGAAGCCCUUCGGAUUCGAGCUUGGAAAAGAUCGGGGAUUUUAGCUCGAUACCGAACCACGAAACUAUACUUCUGCAGAUGAAGGAAACGUUCGAAAUACAAAGAGAUUGGGCGGUUAAAGAAGCCGUGGAGCAGGAGAGAUCGCGCUGGGAGAAAUUGCUGGACGAAAGGAUAGCCCACAUGGAGGAAAAGUUCGCCGAGGAAAAGCGUUCGCUGAUCGAGGAUCUCUCGAGGAAAAUCGGCGAAGAAAAGGAGAAGCAAAUCGACGUGCUGAGGGAGCGCGAGAGGAAUCUCAACCUGGAGAUAAUCAAGUACAAGGGCACCAUACAGCAGCUAACGGAAGCGGAAAUGGUCACGUCGUCCACCGACACGAAAGAAAAGGCGGAACUUCAGGAAAAAUUCGACAACCUCAAGCGGGAAAACGAAGCCUUGAAGCGCGACUUGGACUCGAUAAAAAAGCCCGCAUCCCAACCGGAUAUGACGGCGUCGGUGGCUGUGAUCGAUAGCGGCGCGCAAACGAUACCGGAAGGUGCGGUGACGUCCACUUCCGGCAACGAAAGCGCCAUGACGGCGUCCACCGUUGAAAGUAUGUGCGAGUCGACCACUAGUACCGGAACUAGACGAAGCAGCAAGUCAUACACAGAACGUUGCGUCAAAGGUUUGAAGGUCGAAAUCUAUUGGGACGAAUCGCACCAUUGCUUUCGACUUGACCUUGAGGGAAAACUCUACUUCCUCCAUUGCGACUAUUUACCCGCCAUGGGGCUGGAGAUCGUAAAUGGGGCGCCCAACAAGCAACGAGUCUUUGGAGAGGUGAUCGAAAAAGAGUACUGCAUGUCAAAGAAGGACGACAACAGAUACAACGUGCCCAAAGGCAAGAAAUUCUUCAGGGUCAAAGUAAAACCCGCGGAGAACAUGGACACGUCCACUUGGAAGGACAACAGACCUGUUUCGAUUCCGGAAGAUCCGGUGGAGGAAUCCGAACAGCAAGAACGACCGGAACCGGAAACGCAACCGGUGGAAUCCACUGCCAUUAUCGAGCCGCCGGAGGAAAUUCUUCCGGAAAGCAUCGAGAAGAUUUUCCACGACAGCGGCGUGGUGGAGGAAGUCGUCGAAGAAGCGGCGGUGGCGAUAGAAAAUUUGAGUUCCGAUGACCGGUACUUGGUUAGUUCAAAUAAAUUGGUCAAAAAAACCAACUGGUUAGGAAUGGUGGUGAGCAGUAUUUUUGGCAAAAACGAACCAGUUUAGUGGUUUUUUAAAACCUUUAAAAAGUAUGUAGAACACACACAAAAACAUAUAAACACAGUGUUUACCUUUUAACUUUUGCUUCCCCGUUGUGUGCUACUAAUUUUUUUCAUCAUAAAAUAGGGUACUCGCCAAUUGCUUAUUUUUCAGGAAGAAAGUAUUAUUUAUGGAAAAUGCUUGAUUUAAAGCCACCUGCUAAUGCAAGGUGAUUUUGUUUUAAAACACAAAUGAUUUUAUAAUGAAUUUUACGUUUUGACACAAAGUUACCUAGUAAUUUUAGGCCUGUAUUGUGAAUAAACGUAAAGACUAAUAUUUAGAGUGUAACCUACUCGACUAGCCGAUAAAAUCAAGGUAGUGUACACGUAUUGAAGAAAAUCGAUAACUUUUAUUUAAUGUGAUAAAAUAACGCCUUUUUGUAGAUAUAUUAUAGCAUCACCCAGUAUAUUAACCUUUUCGAAAUAUACAGGACAAGUGUUACCGUUAUUUUUGUACAACCCUGUUUGUUUUUGUGUGAUAAGACAGGACCAAAAAUAUUAAGUUUUCCUCCAAGAUUUAAAUCAAAAUUCAAUUUUGGUCCCAGAAUGUUGGAACAUUGCAGAAAUUUAUUUAUAUUAAACAAUAUUCAAUAUAAUAUUUAUCUAAAUGUCUAUAUUCUUAAAUAAAUCAAAAUAAACUGGAUCAAAAAUUCUUGGUUGGUCGAAGAUUGUGAUUGGAAAGAGUUGUAUAGUUAUAAAAAUAAUUUAUUUAAAUACAUAAAUAAAUUUUCCCACCCAUUUACUAUAUAAAAAGUACAGUUUUAUUUAAUACUUAGUAUUUACAAUAUAGCUUAAAUAUCAUACAUGAAUUUCCAGAAGUGACAUAUAUUUGUUUGUUUUUUUGUGAUAAUUUUUGUUAUUCCGGAUCUGAAAGAAGGCUCUGUAAGCGGUUUCGGCCGCAAUUUGUUUUAUUUUUCCUUGUUUUCAGUAUUUCCGGUCACUUACGAAACACAUUAUGUACCUAAUGAUUAUUAUCUUAAUGUACGUGUCGGGAUUUUUUUGUCAUGAUAUAGUUGGAUGCUAUAUUAUUUUAUAAUGCCUCUAAGUUUGAUAAGUAAUAUUUAAUUUAAACGAUGUAUAAUAUUUACAAAUUUUUUUAUAUGAAAUGCCAAGUGCAAUAAAUUUAGAUAAAUACA